GGAGACUACAGCAAACGCGUGUAUCAAGGCGUGAGAGUGAAGCACACAGUCAAAGAUCUACUGGCAGAAAAACGAUCCAGGCAGACAAGCAACUCAAGAUUUAAUGGCAGCGUCAGUUCCUCUCAGUCUCCAUUUGUCCAGACGCCAGGUUCACCGGUAAUGUCAGGUUACUAUGGCGUCAGAAGAUCUUUCCUAUCUGACUCAGACUUCCACAACACUAAACAGUUUGCAAACGACGUCUGCACCUCGGGCGUGGCGAAGCCCUUUCCCUGCGAGUCCUCCGCAGGGCAGAGCCACCCGGCCCUCCUGGAUUCCUACUUCCCGGAGCCCUACGGAGACCACCGCCCCCCGGCCCUGACCCCCAACACCGGCUCUCUGUUCAGCUCCUCGCCCCUGCCGCCGCUGCUGCCACCGCCCUUCCCCAGCGAUCCCACACACUUCGUGCUGAGGGACUCGUGGGAGCAGACGGUGCCCGACGGUCUCAGCCAACCAGACCCCGUGCACGCCGAUGCCCUGCAGACCUUGCCGCCCGGAACAAGUUGCCUCUCCCAGCUGGAAUCGGGGAGCUCCGCCCAGCACAGGAGCCCUAGCUGGGGGGUCCCCCUAUCUACAGCUCAGUCCUACUCACUGCAUGCUCUGGAGGAUCUGUACCACACGCCGGGGUACCCCACCCCGCCCCCCUACCCCUUCACCCCUUUCAUGACGAUGUCGAAUGACCUGCCGCCCAAGGUGGUGUCCCUCUCCCCAGACGAGGGAGCAGACACCUCUGCCCUUCAGGACCCUUCUGCAUGGGCGAAAGAAGAUGGGAGCACGGCGUGGGGGCUGUACGAAUGCCGCAGAGCUUACUGAGGGGUGCGCCAAAGGACUUCUACUAUGCUUUUCUUUAACUUGGGUCUGUAUUCCAGAUGGUUUUCAGUGUGGCAGCUCAUUCAGGACUGGAUUUUCAGGAUAAGCCAUCAUGCCACCCUUUGUUAAUGGACAUGGCAUUUAUUUGUAAUCCUCCCCACCAUAACCCCACUGAAACACAACACAAUGUUAAUU